AUGGCUGAGGGAGCAGCGAGUACAGUUGGAGCUGGUUCCGAUGUCAACACAGCUGGAAAUCCAACCGAAAUUGCUAUGGCAUAUCUACAAGACGAGAAGACUGAUGGGGACAUUGCCAACCUUAACCUUGGGGACCUGGACCUCACCACGGAUGAGUUUAUCUUAGAUGAAGUCGACAUUCAUAUCCAGGCCAAUCUCGAAGAUGAUCUUGUGAAGGAGGCUCUCAAAACGGGCGUUGAUCUCCGUCAGUACUCCAAACAGGUGGAAGCAGAGCUGCAGAGGAUCGAACAGGCCUCUAUCAAAGAUUACAUUAAGGAGAGCCGGAACAUUGCUCUUCUGCACAAUCAGAUCACUGCCUGUGACUCCAUACUAGAGCGUAUGGAGGGCAUGCUGAGCGGUUUCCAGAGCGAUCUGUCCUCCAUCAGCAGUGAAAUCCAGACCCUGCAGCAGCAGUCCGUCAGCAUGAACAUCCGGCUGAAGAACAGGCAGGCCGUUCGCAGCCACCUCAGCCAGCUGGUGGACGAGCUGGUGGUCCCCGAAGCCAUGAUCUCCACUAUUCUAGACAGUCCAGUGACAGAGCAGGAGUUUUUGGAGCAGCUCCAUGAACUCAACAACAAGAUCAACUUUGCCAAAGAGCUGAGCUUCAGAGAGACGCUGGCCUGCUCUGACAUCCAGGACAUCGUCGACCGCCUCAAACUGAAGGCAGUUUCAAAGAUCCGAGAGUUCAUUCUUCAGAAGAUCUACUCCUUCAGGAAACCUAUGACGAACUACCAGAUCCCACAGAACACUUUGCUGAAAUACAGAUUUUUUUAUCAGUUCCUUUUGGCUAAUGAGAGGACGGUUGCCAAGGAGAUCAGAGACGAAUAUGUGGACACUAUGAGCAAGAUUUAUUACAGUUACUUCAAAUCAUACAGCGGCAGGCUGCUGAAAGUGCAGUAUGAAGAGAGCAGAAACACUAUCUUCACUCUGGGCCAGAGGGGGGCCAUACUGAGCCCAGCUGAGCUGGAGGGGCCCAUCCUGGUUCCACACACGGCUCAGAGAGGAGACAGCAGGUACCCGUAUGAAACACUGUUCCGCAGUCAGCACUACGCCCUGCUGGACAACGGCUGCAGAGAAUUCCUCUUCCUGUCUGACUUCUUUAUGGUGACUGGAAACUCUGCUCUCGACCUCUUCAACAGCAUUAUGGGAAAAACUCUCAGCAUGUUCCUGAAGAGUAUGUCCACCUACGUGUCGGACUGCUACGACAGCAUCGCCGUCUUCCUGUGCAUCCACAUCGUCCUCAGGUUCAGGGCCAUCACAGCAAAGAGGACCAUCCCCGCUCUCGACAAGUACUGGGAGGCUGUGUUGGAGCUGCUGUGGCCCAGAUUCGAACUAAUCCUGGAGAUGAACAUCCACAGCAUCAGAAACACGGACCCUCAGAAACUGGGAGUGCUGGACACCCGCCCACACUACAUCACUCGCCGUUACGCUGAGUUCUCCUCAGCCAUCGUCAGCAUCAACCAGACGUUCCCCAACGAGCGGACCAAUGCUCUGCUGGGACAGCUGCAGGUUGAGGUAGAAAACUUUGUGCUGAAGAUGGCUGCAGAGUUUCCUUCCAGAAGAGACCAGCUCAUCUUCCUCAUCAACAACUAUGACAUGAUGCUCAGCGUCCUCAUGGAGAGGGCGGCAGAUGACAGUAAAGAGGUGGAAGGUUUCCAGCAGCUGCUUCUGGCCAGAACACAGGAGUUUAUCGAGGAGAUUCUGUCGCCCCCUUUUGGAGGGAUGAUCGCUUUUGUGAAGGAGGCCGAGGCACUGAUGGAGAAAGGCCAGCUCGAUCGACUAAAGAAUGAGGAAGCUCGAAUCACUCAGCUAGUUCGGGGGUUUUCCAGUACGUGGAAACAGUCUGUUGAGUCGAUGAGUCAAGAUGUCAUGAGGUCUUUCACGAACUUCAAGAAUGGAACCAGCAUCAUACAGGGCGCCCUAACCCAACUGAUCCAGUACUAUCAUGGUUUCCACAAGGUCCUCAACCAGCCAACGUUCCGCAGCCUGGCUGUCCGCUCCGAGCUCAUCAACCUACACCACCUCAUGGUGGAAGUCAAAAAGCACAAACCCAACUUCUAA